GCGGUGGGAUGCGGAGCAUCAUCGGGGGCGAUCGCGGCGGGAUCCGGAGAGCCUUGUGGAGCUUCUCCUCCCACCGCCCGGUGCUGGGGAGACGCCGCUGGGAUCGGCAUCCCCGGGCGGGGGCGUUUGGGUGAUAAAAGUUUCCUCCCCCCGCCCCAAGUCUCGGCGGUUCCAGGAGUUCCCCGUUAACGGGAUUUGGUGCCGGAGGGGCUUCCCGACGCUUAUCCCAUUGGUGUGCAAGGGAUGGCGCGGCCGGGAAUCGCAUUCCUUCCCUGCAGAUCCUUUUUUGGCGUUGGGGCUGCGUUCGGAUCCCCCGGAGCAGAAUCAUGGAUCCAAGCUUAUUGAGGGAGCGCGAGUUGUUCAAAAAGCGUGCCCUUUCCACACCGGCGGUUGAAAAACGCCCAGCACCAUCUUCUGACUCCUCUGCUUCAAAAAAGAAGAAAGUGAAGGUAGAGCAAAGUGGCUCCUCAAGCUCGAAACAGAGCACAGAUCACAGCAGUGGAUCAUUUAACUUGAAAGCCCUUUCAGGAGGCUCUGGCUACAAGUUUGGAGUCCUUGCUAAAAUAGUGAAUUAUAUGAAGACUCGGCACCAGCGUGGUGAUACACAUCCAUUGACCUUAGAUGAGAUUUUGGAUGAAACACAGCAUUUAGAUAUUGGACUCAAACAGAAACAAUGGUUAAUGAGCGAGGCUCUAGUCAACAACCCGAAAAUAGAGGUUGUAGACGGGAAGUACGCUUUCAAACCCAAGUACAACUUGAAAGACAAAAAGGCUCUGCUCAGGCUCUUGGACAAGCACGACCAGCGAGGGCUGGGAGGAAUCCUUUUGGAAGAUAUUGAGGAAGGGCUCCCCAAUGCCCAGAAAGCUAUAAAGGCUUUAGGGGACCAGAUCAUCUUCGUUAAUCGCCCUGAUAAGAAGAAAAUUCUUUUCUACAAUGACAAGAGCUGUCAGUUUACUGUGGAUGAAGAAUUUCAGAAGCUGUGGAGGAGCAUUCCCGUGGAUUCCAUAGACGACGAGAAAAUUGGAGAGUAUCUGGAACGACAGGGUAUUUCUUCCAUGCAAGAAACUGGACCAAAGAAAAGAGUUCCUAUUCAGAAGAGGAAGAAACCCACUUCUCAGAGGAAGCGUCGGUUUAAGACUCACAAUGACCACUUGGCUGGAGUGUUAAAAGAUUACUCUGAUGUCGUUCCUGGCAAACAGUGACUGGUUGAGUUCUGGAGCAAACACACAUUUUUAUAAAGGCUUUUUGCCACUCGGGCUCGGUGUCUGCUUGCAGAAAGGCUGAUUGUAUAUAGGAAUGUGAUGUGUUUCCCCUAUCCCAGCAGCUGCCGAGAUGAAACAGGUUAAGUACGAACUACUAUAUUUAGAGUUUAAUUUAAUUAGCUAAUGGGAAAUUUGUCUUUAAGCAAGAGGUUCUCACUGAUUGCCUCUUGGCAUAGUGUGAUAAAUGGUGCUCAGUAUGUAAUGCAAGAGUUCCCGUUUGGUGCAUAACUCUGCUUCUACGUUGUUUAAUGGUUAUUUACCUGGAAUGAAUUACAGGGGGCUUUCUGGCAGAAAUGAAUACAGCGCUUGUUUUGCCUGUUUCAGGAAAACCUUUUCCUGAACCCAAAAUCACUGCAGGCAAGUUUCUUCCACAGUCAAACACACCCACAGUUUGUGUGCUCCUUCCUUGCUGUGGGACUGAGCUAUACCGAAAGCCUGUGAUAUCUGAGGCUCAAACUCGGAAAAGACUUUCUCCCGAACUCCCAGCAGGCUGCAGGAUGGCAGUGCAGCUGUAGCUUCCUAAUGCUCAACAGAAAUUGCCCUCGGCGAUUUCUCCUCACGGUAGCAGAUGCACGCGUGGUGCACAGUUCCACUCUGUGGACAGGAGGGAAGUGACAGUGUAAUAGUGAAGCAACUUUUUUUAAAAGUAAUAAACUUCCAAUGCUGGUUUCCAGUGUUGCUUCCUUAAAGAAUGAGAGAAUCAACAUCUUUUGUGCUUGUUCUGUUUUCGUUUUCAAGGAUAUAAAGGAAUCUUUGGUAUAUUUU